AUGGAAGUCGACCGCAUUGCUUCCGAUUCGGAAAACGUGGCGGUGGACGAAAAUGAUAAGUCGAUCGCCGAUGGAGGUGCUGGAGACGCCGCCGGUUCUCAUUCUGGGCGUAUUAAGCGAAAACACAAGAAAUACGGCAGAAGCAACAGCAAGGAUGGAGUUACUCCGGUAGCUCCACUGCCAAAAUAUCGUAGUUGGAAGAACAGCCGUAGACCGCGAAAUGGCCACGGCAGGGGUCUUCCCAAGAAAGGUGGCGCUGGCGGCAAAGGAGUCUGGGGCGCCCCGGGCUGCGAACUCCUCGAGGAGUACGAGGAGGACGCCAACGAUCCCAACUACGACUCGGAGGCGAUCAGCAACGGCGACAUCGAGUUCAAGCAGGUGAUCGUCGAGGCUGACCCCGAGGAGAUAGUGAGAAAGUCGGAACCUGUGAUACUGGAGUACUUCGAGCACGGAGAUACGAAUGCCGCUGCCGAAGACUUCUUGGAGUUUGUUACUCCUAAGAGGAGUCACUUGGUUUGUGAGACAAUUGUAGAAAUAGCCCUGGACCACAAACACUCGCACUGUGAGAUGGCAUCAGUACUCAUCUCCGACUUGUAUGGCAGGAUCUUCUCUGCCAAGGACAUUGGCUAUGCGUUCGAGCGCCUGCUGGAGAAACUGCCGGACCUGGUGCUGGACACGCCGGACGCGGCGGUGCUGCUGUCCAACUUCAUCGCGCGCUGCGUGGCCGACGACUGCCUGCCGCCGCGCUUCGUGCAGUCCAUGGCCGAGGCCGACCUCAACGCGCAUGCCAGGCAGGCAAUCCACAGAGCGGAGACACUCCUGUCCAUGAAACAGGGCCUCGUGAGGCUCGAUAAUAUUUGGGGAAUUGGUGGCGGCAUCAGGCCAGUGAAGUGGUUGAUACGCCAGAUACAGCUUCUCCUGAAAGAGUACUUGUCAUCCGGCGACUUAGCUGAAGGCAUGCGCUGCGUGAGAGAGCUAGAGGUGCCGCAUUUCCACCACGAGCUGGUAUAUGAGACUGUACUUUUGGCGGUGGAAGCGAUCAAUUCGGGCGUGGAAGAGCAACUGUGCACGUUCCUCGCCGAGUUGCGACGUUGCGUCAUCGUCACUCCGGACCAGAUGGACCGGGGUUUCCUUCGCGUCCUAGAGGAUAUGACCGAUAUAGUCCUGGACGUACCCCUCGCAUACAUAAUGCUGGACCGCUUCGUUGAGCGCUGCCAGCAGAAGUUCAGGCUCGGAGAAGAGGUCCUCAAGCGAAUGCCUACUAGGGGCCGCAAGCGCUUCGUAUCGGAGGGCGACGGUGGCGCCAUCAAGGACCACGUGUUCAAACUGCGCGAAUAA